GCAGAGUAAAUUUGCCAUUUAUCCAAUUUUGCGAAAACCCUAUUUCUUCUCUUGUUUUGCAAUUCCGCGAAAUCACAAUUCUGUAAUCUGCAUUUAUCAUCUAAAUCCUUACUUCGGAUCGCUCAAAUUUCCAUUCAAGGAUCCAUUGAAGGCUCAAAUUUCGUAGUUGAAGAUCGGGAUUCUCGUACGGCGCAUCUGACCGAGGGCUCACAUUCGCAUGCGAUUGGUGUGAGCUCAUAAUAAAGAUGGUGAAAAUUACGAUGAUAGCUCGUGUGACUGAUGGCCUUCCUCUAGUAGAAGGACUGGACGAUGGUCGUGAUAUGCCUGAUGCAGACUUCUACAAGCAGCAAGUUAAGGCUUUGUUCAAAAACCUCUCGAGGGGUCAGAAUGAACCGUCAAGAAUGUCAAUUGAAACAGGGCCAUACAUAUUUCAUCAUAUCAUUGAAGGGCGUGUGUGCUAUUUGACAAUGUGCGAUCGUUCUUAUCCUAAGAAGCUUGCUUACCAAUAUCUAGAAGACCUUAAGAAUGAAUUUGAGCGUGUAUAUGGGAAUCAGAUUGAAACUGCUGCAAGACCAUAUGCUUUUAUCAAAUUUGAUACAUUCAUUCAGAAGACAAAGAAACUGUACCAAGAUACAAGAACUCAACGGAAUGUUUCAAAGUUGAAUGAUGAACUCUAUGAAGUUCACCAGAUAAUGACCCGCAAUGUACAAGAAGUUCUUGGCGUUGGUGAAAAGUUGGAUCAGGUCAGUCAGAUGUCCAGUCGCUUGACAUCCGAGUCCCGCAUAUACGCAGAUAAGGCAAAAGAUUUGAACCGCCAGGCUCUGAUUCGGAAAUGGGCACCUGUCGCUGUUGUUCUAGGAGUUGUCUUCUUCCUCCUCUGGGUCAAAAAGAAGAUCUGGUGAUUGUGCAUCCAUUUGCAGAUGAAGGAGCUGUCUCAAUUAACAUUUUGUGCAGUGGCCUCUGGUUUCACAUAAUAUGCCUUUCUCGACCUUUUCAAGGUUUACUUGCAAAAUCGAUUACAAAAACUACGUUUUUUGAGGAUACAACAAACUAAGCCAUAAUGGAUAAAUAUGAAUAUAUAUGAUCAAGAGGUAAAAUGAUAUUAAUGUGUCGUAAGAACCUGCUCGUACAGACUUUUAUAGACCGGUCUAUCUACUUACAUGUUACUGUUUUGAACAUCUUUAGCUACUACUUUGUUACUGUUUUGACAAUAGUAAGUACAGGUUAUAUGCACUUUGUGAUUUAGAGGUGUUGUGAUUCAAGUUAGACUAUGCUGCGGAAUCUGCUAUAUUUGGUUUAAAGAAGUAAUUACUUUUUGAUACUA